AUGGCUGACGAAAUGGCGCCGAGCUUGCAAGCGCUUCUUGAUCAGAAGUCGCUGAAGUGGAUCUUCGUUGGUGGCAAAGGUGGUGUUGGCAAAACAACAACAUCAUGUUCGCUGGCCGUCCAGAUGGCCAAGGUCCGCAAGAGUGUCCUCCUUAUAUCCACUGACCCGGCGCACAACCUUAGCGAUGCUUUUGGAAUGAAGUUCGGCAAAGAUGCCCGUCCUGUGACCGGGGUUCCCAACCUAUCCGCAAUGGAGAUCGAUCCCAACGGCAGCAUCAACGACUUGAUUUCAGCGGGAGGCGAGGACGCGCAAGAGGCUAUGGCCGGACUGGGCGGUGUUGGUAGCAUGUUCCAGGAGCUGGCUUUCAGCAUUCCAGGUGUAGAUGAAGCCAUGAGUUUCGCUGAGGUCUUGAAGCAACUCAAGGGCAUGGAGUACGAACUCGUCAUCUUCGACACCGCGCCUACUGGACACACUCUGCGAUUCUUGCAAUUCCCAACCGUCAUGGAGAAGGCGCUAGAAAAGCUCAAUCAGCUUUCGAUGCAAUUCGGGCCGAUGAUCAACGGCCUGAUGGGAAGCCGGGGCAUGCCGAAUGGUCAAUCAUUCGACGAGGUCGUUGGAAAACUCCGCGAUCUGCAAGCCACCAUUGGCGAGGUCAACAAGCAAUUCAAAAACGCGGAUCUGACUACUUUUGUCCCGGUUAUGAUUCCCGAGUUCCUUUCCUUAUAUGAGACCGAGCGUAUGAUCCAAGAAUUGGGAGGAUAUGAAAUUGACACUCAUGCUAUGGUCGUCAAUCAAUUGCUCUUUCCCAAGAAAGACAACCCUUGCGAGCAAUGUAACUCUCGACGGAAGAUGCAGAAGAAGUACCUAGAACAGAUCGACGAUCUGUAUGCUGAGGAUUUCCAUGUUGUCAAGAUGCCACUGUUAGUAAACGAAGUGAGAGGCGUGGAAAGCAUAUCAAAAUUCAGCGAAAUGUUGGUCAAGCCGUAUGUGGCUCCAGAAUGA